CUGACAGUUGGAGCUGCCGGGAGGGAGGGCGGGCAGCGCGUGUGGGCGCGGGCGCGGAGGGUCAGAAAGUGCUGGAGAUGGGCUUUUAAUGGAGGAGAGAGGCAAUUGAGUCCAGCAGGGGGACUUCUGCAGCUGUAGGGAGAGGAUACCAGUUCCCAAAGGCUUCUGGCUCCCGGGAGCAGCACCAGAGCCGGAGAGACAAUGGUCUCAGUGACUAUGGCCACUUCCGAGUGGAUCCAGUUCUUUAAGGAAGCCGGCAUUCCUCCGGGGCCUGCUGUCAAUUACGCUGUGAUGUUUGUGGAUAAUAGGAUCCAGAAGAGCAUGCUGCUGGAUCUCAACAAAGAGAUCAUGAAUGAGCUGGGCGUGACUGUGGUGGGCGACAUCAUUGCCAUCCUCAAGCAUGCCAAGGUGGUGCACCGUCAGGACAUGUGCAAGGCUGCCACUGAGUCAGUGCCCUGCAACCCCAGCCCCAUCCCAGGCGAGAUCCGCCGAGGCGCCUCUAGCGCCGCCUCUCGAAUGAUCGCCAACAGCCUGAACCGCGACUCCCCACCCGGCACUCCCCCCAGGCGGCCGGACACCAGCACCUCCAAGAUCUCGGUCACUGUGUCCAACAAGAUGGCAGCGAAGAGUGCCAAGGCUGCCGCAGCCCUGGCCCGCCGGGAGGAGGAGAGCCUGGCUGUCCCCACCAAGCGGCGCCGGGUCACGGCCGAGAUGGAGGGGAAGUACAUCAUCAACAUGCCCAAAGGCACCACCCCCCGGACCCGCAAGAUCCUGGAGCAGCAACAGGCGGCCAAAGGUCUCCAGAGGACGUCUGUGUUUGACCGCCUCGGCGCCGAGACCAAGGCAGACACGACGACAGGCAAUAAACCCACAGGAGUUUUCAGCCGCCUGGGGGCCACCCCAGAGAUGGAUGAGGAUCUGGCUUGGGACAGCGACAAUGACAGCAGCAGCUCUGUCCUGCAGUAUGCCGGGGUCCUGAAGAAGCUGGGCCGGGGCCCAGCCAAGCCCAGUCCCCAGCCGGCACUGACUGUCAAAGCCAAGGCCACAAGCUCGGCCGCGACGGCAGCCACCCCGACACUGCGGCGCCUGGCCCUUUCCUCACGCCCGGGGCUCGAGAGGAAGCCGGAGUCCCUGUCCAAAGUCAGCAUCAUCCAGAGACUGGGCAAGGCUGCCCUUGUGCCCGAGGCCCAGGACAGCCAGGUCACGAGCACCAAGAGUAAGUCCUUGGCCGAGGUCAAGGUCACCAUUAAGAGGACUCUGGUGGGGCCCCGGGGGAGCAGCUCCAGCGAGGGCCUGGGCGCCCAGAUGGACCAUGCGGGCACAGUGAGCGUGUUCAAAAGACUGGGCCGCAGGACCUUCUAGCCUCUGGGCGGGGCACGGGCCCCUCUCUAGGCUCCUGGCUCUGGCAGAGGCUCGCGUGAGGCCAUGCCCAGCCCUCUGCUGGCUCCUGGAUGACACUGCUUGUCUCCCUCAGGCAUUCGAGCCGGCCCGAGCUUUCUGGGGGCUCACCCCAGUGUUCUGAGUCUGACAUGGUCGCUGUGGCCUGGCCUUGCUGCUCUAGGACUUUCCUUUUUCACGUCCUUUGUUCUCUCCUCUCGGACUGUGGCCUUUGGCAGGACCCACUUUUCUACCUCUCCCAGAGCCAAGUGCUCUUUUCCCUCCUCUGUUCCCCCUCCUGCCCCUCGGCAGCAUCUGCUGCCUCCGCCCCAGCUCCCCAGCCUCCCCAGUCCCCCACAGAGUCCCCCCACCUUACCGACGUCCCGACUUCCCCUCGCUCCUCUGCCCCCUCCCCCAGCUGUCCCCCCUCCCCACGGCUCCUUUAACUUCUCUGUCUCUCCCUCUCUUCACACUGUUCAUUUCUCUUCUGUUUUCUGUCCCCGUGGCAAGGCCCGACCGUGCGCUGCGUCCUGCCUGACCCUCCUGCACCUCCGGCCUCCCAGCGACCCCCUCGUCGGCGGUGGCGUCGAGCCUGUAGAGACU